AUGUCCAGAUCCUUCUACGUGGAUUCGCUCAUCGUCAAGGACGCCCGACCGGUCGAACACCCGGCGACAGUGACGGCGUCGGCGCACGACUUCCUGCUGCCCAUCAGCGUGCACACGCCGGGCGUGGUGCCGGCGUGCCCGUCCAGGAAGAGCGGCGCGUUCUGCGUGUGCCCUCUGUGCGUCACCACGCACCUCCACUCGUCCAGGAGCGGCGCGCCGGGCCUCAAGGGCCACUUCGCAGCGGGCGCGGGCGCCGAAGCGGCACAGUACUGCCACCGGCUCGCUCAUCACCAGCAUCAGUCUGCAGCUUUGGCGCACCCGGGACACGCACCUGUUUGCACGGCGUCGGUUUUCACAGACCCGCGGAGGUACCACUGCAUCUCCAUGGGCACCACAGAGAGCAGCCACAUCCAGAAUGGGAAGCGCAUGCGCACGGCCUUUACCAGCACACAGCUGUUAGAGCUGGAGCGCGAGUUCUCAAGCAACAUGUACCUCUCUCGCCUGCGCCGCAUCGAGAUCGCCACUUAUCUGAGCCUGUCCGAGAAACAGGUGAAGAUCUGGUUCCAGAACCGCCGGGUCAAGCACAAGAAGGAGGGCAAGGCAGCCCAAAGGAGUUCCCAUGGCAGCACAGGCAUGGGCAGUGGUGGGUGCAAGUGCUCAGGCACGCACUACCCUCGCUCCGAGGAUGAGGAAUCCCUGUCUCCGGCCUCAGCCUCAGAGGAGAAGGAUGGGGCGCUUAUCAUGUGACGACUGUCUGCUUGGACUGAGUGACACCUCUACGCUUAAAAACUCCACCUUGCAUGAAAAAGGAAGAGGAAAACUUUAUUCAUAAUGUGACACGAUUGAGAGAUAUGAACUUUUGAGACAUUUCCUAUAACAGGGGUUCUCAAACUGGGGUCUGUGAGCUGUGCUUUGGAGUCCGCAAAAUCAUCUGCAUAAUGGUCUGAAAAGGGAAAAAAAAGCUUUAUUAGAUAAUCCAUUGGGGGGAAAACAGAACAAAACAAAAACCUUCUUUUAUUAUUUUAUUAACUUAAGUAGUUAGUGUGAGUAUUCCUAACUCAUUUUAUCAAGUUAAUGCAGUACUGUAAACGUGAUUUAAUGAGUUCAAUUAACUUGCAAGAUCAAGUUUGAGGGCCAUGCUUAGAUUUCUGGUGAAGCAGAACUUGAAAUGAUAAGUUAUGUGAACUUAGCCCUUGCCUAGCUCUUGAUAUCUUUCAAAAGAGCACGCUGGCAAUUGGGCAGUCAACCAUGGUGAUUAGCUAAGUUGUUUGUGUGCUACGCUGCUACGUUGACAGCUCGGUUUCGAUCACCACUUGAAGUCCAGUUUACUUAAAGUGUUGAGUUCAUUUUACUGACUUGGGUGUUAUCUCUGUGGUCUGAGCACUCUGCUGCCAUUUGCGGUGGCUUGUGUUUGAUUUCCACUUGUGGGUUGCGCAAGGAUGGUUGAAUUCAGUUUACUAAACCUGAAAUCAAGUUUACUUAAAAUGUUCCAUUUAGAAUGAUGAGUUAACAACAUUCUUUUUUUUUCUCAAUCAAAACUUGAAAAUUCAAUAGAACUUGGUUGACCUUCAAGUUCUGACCAUUUCUUUUUACACUAUAGCAAAUAACCUAAUAAUAAUCACAUAAAUCUGAAUGUCCUGUUUUAGAGCAAAAUAUGAAUUAGUAAAUAAAAAAAGUCAAAUUUUUCCACCUCCUUAAAUGUUUACAAUACACAUUUAAUGCUAAAAGAUGGCAGCAAAGCACUGUUUUUGUCCAAAUGAAACUCCUCAAUUUAACUCAACAUAGCACAAAUAAGCUUUAUUUCAAUUCAACAUGAGUUCCUUGGCAC